UCCAAAUUAUCCUGGGGGAUUCCUAAAACAAUUUCGAGGCGGGAGGGAGCGUUCGUAUAAAAGCGCGGGCACUUUCCAGCUGGAGUCAGUUCUCUCCUGGAAAACCCACUGAGAAAAUACCACUGCACAAUGAUGAGCCGCAACUUCUUCGUGCUUCUCCUGGCCUCCCUGGCCUUCCUGGCGCUGGCGCUGGCCAGCCCCUUGCCCGAGGCCGAGGCUGCGGCUGCCGCUGCACCCGAAGCCGAUGCCAAGGCUGAUCCUCGGAGGAGGUUCUUUGGUGGUUUCGGCCAUGGAGGUUUCGGCCAUGGUGGUUUCGGCCAUGGUGGUUUCGGCCAUGGUGGUUUCGGCCAUGGUGGUUUUGGCGGCUUCGGCCAUGGUUUUGGACAUGGAUUCGGCGGCCACCACCACCACCACCAUGGUUUUGGCCAUGGCUUCUUCGGGUAAACCAGGUUGGAGAGCUGCCGAAUGCUUUCGGACUUCGCAGAUCACAUGGUCAUCCGCCGGGACGUGAAAACACCACAUUUCGUCGCUACAAACAUCUCCGGUUGACACUUACAAUAAAUCUAUAAAUGGAAAACCAAUAAUCUUAAA